UUUUUUAUGUUGUUUACUUUUUACUAAAACUUUUUGAACUUUAUAUCUAUUUGUCCCCACAUGAACUUUGCUUUUCCCUUAAUUCUCCUAUGUUCAUUUUCAUUGGUUUAAUCUACCAUCCCCCAGCACCCACCUCUGAAAUUUUAUUGGAACAGUAGAGUCUCCAGGUUUAUAUUAGUUUAUUUGUGGUAAAUAGAACUUCAACAUUCCACGAGUCUGACUCUAUAAGAUAAUUCAUUAUGGGAUCUAUACUUGGGUUUCUGUGUAUGUUGUCAGUUCUCAUUUCUACAGGUUACCCAUUGUCGUGCAUAAAGUGUGUAAAUAUUAAAGGUGGUUCCUGCACUGGUUCCAGUGUCACCUGUGCUUCUGAUCAAGUUUGUAUGUCUUCAUAUGGCGAAAGUUCCAUAGAGGGAAUUAAGGUAUCAGAAGUAUUUCUUAGAGAUUGUGCCCCCACGAGCUACUGUGAUUUUGAAGGAAGCAUUACAGUGGAAUCCAAUUUAAAGACAAAGAUGGGCAUCAGCUGCUGUUCCACAGAUCAUUGUACAACACCAAUGCCCAAAUUACCAACUGACAAAACUGAACCCAAUGGAUUGUCUUGUCGAGUAUGUCUAACUACAGACAGUGACUGGUGCACUAGUUCCAAAACUAUAGACUGCACUGGGGAUGAAAACAUGUGCAUCCUACAGUCUUCAAAAAUUAUAGGAUCUCAGAAUGUCACCACAGCUUUACGUGGUUGCACCACAAAAAAUGUCUGCGACUUUGACUCAAGUUUUCUAUCAUUUGAUUCAAUCACCAUAAAAUGGAAAAUACUUUGCACCGCUACAAAGUACUGGUAGUGAAAACUUCUGUCUAAGAAAAUGUUAUCAUUUCUAUUCUUUUAUCUAAUUUCUGGAGCCUGUCACUAUUCCAAUGCUCUGGUGGUAAAUAAAGGCUGUUCUUCUCCCAAACCCUGUGCAUGAAUCCUGGUGUCCAGUAGAACUGGACAUUUGAUAACGUUCUACGAUACGAAUUUCUGAGUCCAUAUAAUGUAAAGGGCUUUCUCACACUAAAGAUACAAAAAUGUAUUAUCCAAUCCCUUAAUUGGUGCACUACAAACAAAGUGCUCACUGGCAGCACAUAAUAAUUUUUCAGUAAUAGAAUCCUGACCAUGAAUAAUGGGUAGACUUGUAUAUGGCAAAAAAGUUUGGCUCUGCUCAAUAGAUUUGGCCGAUAAUAAAAAAGUAAAAAAAAGUUCUCUCAAUACAGUGCAAAUCCCAAUAUGUACAACCUACGCAGAAGUAUCCCAGCUAUCUUUCCCAAAUAUUGGACCUCAUUGCAGCAGAAAAAUGUAGAUUACGUCAAAUUUACAAACACUUUACUACUAUCAGCGGAGGCCAAGCUGGAUUAACCAAAAUGCUACAAGGCCCCUAUUUGUGACACAAUGUAAUUGAUUUUAUGACAACAUUUCCCAGAUACUUCCUAAAUAUUGGCUAAUAUUU